CGCAGUGAGCCUCUUAGCCGCCAUUUUAGAAAUGGCGGCUCCACUAGGAGGCAUGUUCUCCGGGCAGCCACCGGGACCUCCGCCACCCCCGCCGGGCCUCUUGGCCCAGGCUUCGCUUCUUCAGGCCACACCAGGCGUUCCGAGGACUUCUAACAGUACCUUGGUGGACGAGUUGGAGUCAUCGUUCGAGGCUUGUUUUGCUUCUCUGGUGAGUCAGGAUUAUGUCAAUGGUACAGAUCAGGAAGAAAUUCGAACUGGUGUUGAUCAGUGUAUCCAGAAAUUUCUAGAUAUUGCGAGACAGACAGAAUGUUUUUUCCUACAAAAAAGAUUGCAGUUAUCUGUCCAGAAACCAGAGCAAGUUAUCAAAGAGGAUGUCUCGGAACUGAGGAACGAAUUACAGCGAAAGGAUGCUCUGGUCCAGAAGCACUUAACAAAACUGAGACAUUGGCAGCAGGUGCUGGAGGACAUCAACAUGCAGCACAAAAAGCCAGCCGACAUCCCUCAGGGUUCCCUGGCCUACCUCGAGCAGGCAUCUGCAAAUAUCCCUGCACCGAUGAAGCAAACCUGAGGAAAAGCCACCUGAACAUGAGCUGGUGGCUGAGUCAGCCCAGACACAGUUUUGCCAAACCUCACUUCUUGUAGACAUGACAUUUUGGGAGAACUCUUUGCCAGAGAGUGAGAUGAUUUAGUUUUGCGCUCUCAUCUAAAAAUUUCCCCCUAUUUUUAUAAGCGUUAUUUCUGGAGUACUUUAUAAAAUGCUUAUUGCUUUGGUAAACCAAGUGUAUCGUCUUUAGCAAAAUUUAAGACUGUUAAUAUGAUGCCGUUUACAGAUUCCUUUUUAUGUUUUUGUUUUUUGCUGCUUGUUUUUAUUUUUGUAUGAGUGCUUAUCUCUCUGUUUCCAGUUUUAGAUUAUUUUGUAUGAUCUGAGGGGAAAAGCUUGUAUGAUCUGAUCUGCAUAUCAAAGGAUGAGGAUUUUGGUUGUAGGCCUUUUAUGAUAAUUUACCUAUCAGUGGCAGUAUAUAAAAAUAUGUAAAUUUGCUGUUUUUCAAGACUGAACUACCUAAAGAAGAGGAGUCUAAUGCAACGAUGUAACACUUCCAGAACCUCAGCAUGAGGAUAUUUUGUAAAUAGGUUGGAAGAGGAUUAUAAUAUCAUAGGUUAGUGUAAUAACUGUUACUGUACUGCAGUAACUAGUGCUAUAGGAAUCCAGCAGUAUCCUUAAUGUUGACUUUUUUUUUUUUUUUUGUGGUAUGCGGACCUCUCACUGCUGUGGCCUCUCCCGUUGCGGAGCACAGGCUCCGGACGCGCAGGCUCAGCGGCCAUGGCCCACGGGCCCAGCCACUCCGCAGCAUGUGGAAUCUUCCCGGACUGGGGCACGAACCCGUGUCCCCUGCAUCGGCAGGCAGACUGUCAACCACUGCACCACCAGGGAAGCCCCCUUAAUGUUGACUUUUAUUUGGGGUGAGUUUAUAUUUUGUGUAGUGUUCAUUUACUUUUGGGGGAGGGUAGGAGCAGUGAUAUUUAAAAAUUUAUGUUAUUGGGCCAUAUGUUUUGAUUAGGUAGUAAAUUUACUUUUAAAUUGUGAGUCUGAGUUGUAAUUGCAUUUCUCUCAAAAUGACAUAAGUGCGUGAGCAGCUACGUUUUAUUUUUUUAUUUUAUUCUAAUUAAUUAUUUUUAACAUCUGUA